AUAAUACUCAAUUACAAACUGAUCUUUCAAAUUUGCAAUUUCAAUAUUUAGAUGAAGAAAAUAAUUUAUCAUCAUUAGAUAAUUCUGAAAUUUCUGAAAUUCAAGAAAUUUCUGAAAAUGUUUUUUUAGAAAAUGAAAUUUGGACUGAAGAAGAACUUUCUAAAUUUAAAAUAUUAUAUUAUAAAACAAAAGAUAUUUUAGAAAAACCAGAUAAUGAUAAUCAAAAAUUAGAAGAAGAAAUUAAUUCAUUACAAAAUAAUGAAUUUAAAAAAUCUUUUGAUAAACAAUAUUGUGAAAAAAAUUGUUUACAAACUCAAUGUGAUUAUUCAAUAGCUUUGUUGCGAUAUUUAAAUUUUAAAAAUCUUUCUAAAUCUUUUCAAGAUAUGUAUUUAUUAGGUAUUAUUGCUGCAACUAAACGACCAGAAAUAUUUAGAAAUUUAAAAAAAUCUAAACUUUCUACAGAAUAUAUUUUUGAAGAAAAAUUAAUUUGUUUAAAUGCAUUUAAAACAAUUUAUGGACUUGGAGAUACAAGAUGGAAAAAUUUAAAAGAAUAUUUUGCAGAAAAUGAUAUUAAUUUAAGAAAAAAUUCUAAAACAGAAAAAGUAGGAAAUAGAGCAUUAUCAUUUGAAAUAGUAAUGAAUGUUAUUACUUUUAUAGCAAAUUAUGCAAAACAAAAUGGUUUACCUUCUCCAGCAGAUAUAACUUAUUCAUCUUUGCAUAUUCAAUAUUUAGAAGCUAUUAAAACUAAUGAUCAAUAUGGAGUUUCUUUAAAUACAUUUAAUAGAAUUUGGAAAAAAUUUUUACCUUAUAUUAAAAAAUUAACUCCUAGAAUAGAAGAAAAAAAAGCAAAAGUAUUAGAAUGGUAUCAACAUAUUGAAUGGGUACAUAAAGAAAGAAAAAAUUAUAAAAAUUAUAUUAAUAUAGCAUGUAAUGAUAUUCAAAAAUUUGGAAUUAGUAACCUAUUACGUCCUAGAAAACCUAAUUCUUUAGAUAUUACAAUUCAUCUUUCUUGGGAUUAUGCACAACAAAUUCAAUUACCACAUUCAUCUCAACAAGAAGGUGAAGUUUAUUUUAAAUCUUUAUAUAAAGUUCAUUUAUUUGGAAUAUGUGAUAAUGCAUUUCCAUGUCAAGUAAAUAUUUAA